AUGGCAAGCGCCGCAGAUGCAGAUGCGAAGGGGAAAUUUGAUUUGUUGGAGGAUAACCGAAUGGACUCUGGUGUUGAAUCGUUCCAAUCUUUAAUGAAAGAUGACCCCUUUACCAAAACAAAUCGGGAUUCGACUUCUGAACCCAGUGAAGCCAGGGACAAAUUGACCAUCACCAGCACAGAGGAGCGGUUGGAUUCUGCUUAUGGCUCAUCGUCACUAAAUGUUGAGAGUUUGAGUGAGAUUAUAGGGGGCUGCAACGUUUCAAAGUCUAAAGAUGACAGCGCAGAGAACACAGAAUGUAGUGAACAUGAAGAAAACCUUCUCACCACCAUCACUGAAGAUGGAGACACGUACGUUUUUUAUUUACAUAUUUUUAAAUAACUCAUAUUUUAAUUUACCCUAUGGCUAUGUUUUUGAAAAAGUAAAACGUGUUCUUGUCAUGACGACGAAGUUUUGGUGAACAAUGUUUCAAGAUACACACGCAUGCGUGGAUGUGUGUGCAAGCCAAGGCAUGGUUAACUUUGUAUUUUAAUUAAUUAAAUUGGGAUCCGCCCACAAUUAUUGUUGGACACAAAUUGACAAAUGUUUCAGUAUAGACACAAAUACGGGCAACAGUAGGCUAAUUUGAGUUUAAUUUGACAGUAUCAAAUGAAUUUAUAUUUGUCAAAUGCGCGGAAUACAACGGGUGUAGACUACCGUGAAAUGUUUGCUUACAAGCCCUUCCUAACGACGCGGAGUUAAAAAUAGGAAUAUAAUUCACAAGAAUGGAGCUAUAUACAGGGAGUACCAGUACCAGAUCACUGUGGAGCUAUAUACAGGGAGUACCAGUACCAGAUCAAUGUGGAGCUAUAUACAGGGAGUACCAGUACCAGAUCAAUGUGGAGCUAUAUACAGGGAGUACCAGUACCAGAUCAAUGUGGAGCUAUAUACAGGGAGUACCAGUACCAGAUCAAUGUGCAGGAAUACGAGUUAUUUGAGGUAGAGAUGUACAUAAACGCAGGGUAAAGUGACUAGGCAUCAGAAUAGAUAAUAAUAAGAGUAAGAAUAAAGAACAGAGUCGCAGCAGUGGUGUCCUUAAUAUCUUUAUCCAAAAUAUGACUUUUACCAGUCUAAAAUACAUAGCAUAGGCUAUAUUGAGUACCAAUUGGGCCAUGCAAAUAUCAAUCAACUCAAUUCUAAUUCACAAUAUGGUGUCUGUCCUACCCCAUACAUUUGUGCCCAAUCCAAAAACCAACCCUUCGCCCCAAGCACCUAGAGACCCUUCGAGAUCCAACCUGGUAGAUCUUACAUAAUUGGACGGGUGCAGCUCCUUGGCUGUCCUCUUAGGGGUUUCAUCUGGCAAUGAAAGCAUAGGCUAAAAUUACCACAGUCAACAAACGGGUGACGUUUUCAUUAAUGCGGUCAUGUCUGGUGGAAUGACUGGAUGGCUGAGUGUGUUAAACACAAUAACAAUUUCAAGAUGGAUGCGUUUUCGUAGGCUAGGCCUACUGCACGAAUUUGCAGCGAACAAUCAAAACCACCACAAAUUGUUGUUGCUGUCUGGAUGAAUAAAAAAGGGCUUGGGGAAAGGCCUGUAGUUUCAGCCUGCACAGGGUUAACUCAGCUCGUUCUUUGCGUGUGUCAUGUUUAUCCUAAGCCCAAUCAUCAUAGCAUGUGAUGUCGACUAAAAGGAGAGUUUAAGUGUGGAGUGAUACAUACUCUCAGGCCUUUGUGUGAAAGCUGUCACGGAGCUGAUCGCGGAUGAACUCCUGUGGGGUGCGUCGACUUGGAAAGCAGAAGUGUAGAAGACACGGCCCUGGAAAUUCCCCAUGGUAGACGAGGCAGGGCACAUUUUCACUGAGUAAUUCUCUCCCAAGAAUAGGCUGGUCAAUGAAACUCAUACAAUUACCACAGACAGGCAUACUUUUGGCGUUCUCGGCCUUCUACACUACUUUCACAUCAGUUAGUUAGGUUGACAAUGGAGCUCUGGUCAAAAGUAGUGUACUAUGUAGGGAAUAGAGCCCUGGUCAAAAGUAGUACACUUUGUAGGGAAUAGUGUGUGAACAAUGUGUUCUGGAAAGCCUUGUUGUAGGUUAAACAAAACACUGUGGUGUCCAUUUCCUGCAUUUGGCUCUUUUGUCUGCUAGACUUCCCCUUUAGCUUUUGGGGUGAGUGUUUCUUGGUGUUGUUGUUUUCCACAUUGACUGUAUGAACCAAAUGUGAUGACAGCAUACAUGGGGUGCAGUAAAGAACAAAAUGCAUUGCAUUUGCAUUUUAACUGUGUAGUUGAAGUUCAUAGGCCUGUGGUUUGUGUUUGUUAUACAUCCCUUUAUCACCCAAUAGUUUUGUUUGUUCUUCUUCAAAAAACUAUGGUUACGGUGAAUGAUACCCAAGAAGAUACAUAUUUGAAAAGUGCUUUGUGGAAUGAAACAUCCUCCUGACAUGACUAUUCUUUGCAUAAAAGUUCCAUUAUUGCACAACAUUCGCAACCAAUAAGCACUGUGUGGCCGACUAACCAACCAAUAAGCACUGUGUGGCCGACUAACCAACCAAUAAGCAAUGUGUGGCCGACUAACCAACCAAUAAGCACUGUGUGGCCGACUAACCAACCAGUUGACAUUCAUGCAAUGUGCUACAUUUCCAGGUAGGUCUGGAUAUCAUUCUAAGAAUGCUCAAGCAGAUAAUUAUUUCCAUCAAAUUAUAUAUUGUUCUUAUCUCCUGAGGCUGCUUACUUUUAAACGUUUAAAGGAAAGUAACUGGACAUUUUGAACGAGAAACUAUUCUACUCUCCUCAGGCGGCUCACCUUUUAGUCGAAUGCAACGUUUAAGUGACAGCAACUCAACUGCUUUUGCUUGCUGUGGGGCCAAGGCCGGGUUACCACAAAAGCACUUUAUGACAACUUUAAUGAAAAUAGGUCUUUAUAAAUCAAUCUGAUUUAUUAUAGAAAUGUAAUGAGAAAAGUUGUUUUGUUUUUGUCGCCCUUCUAGAGUCCUGCAUUUAGCCAUCAUCCAUGAAGAUGAACACUUUGCCCACCAAUUGAUACAGCUGUUCCCCAAACAUGUCUUGGACAUCCAGAACAACUUGUACCAGGUACAGUAAACAAAGCAACACUCCUCUCUUUACACCCUUAACACUGGUUGUACUGGUGUACUGAAACUGACUUAACCUUCAUGACACUUCCUCUUGACGAUUGCAAUUGCCAAUGUUUAUGACGACAGAGGAGGUGGUAAUGUUAUUUCUGCAUCGUGUAAUUCAAGAGAAAUGAUCUUCCCCUUUCUCCAGUAGUGCAUCCUCUCACAGGAACGCUUCGGUGGCGGUGGGUGGAUCCAGGGUAAUUUCAUAAGAGAUUUUAAAUUAAAUUGGAAACUCCCCUGCUUUCCCGCCUUUAAAAAACGAAUACGAGUGGAGGAAUCUUAUCUGGAAUGUUCUCUGUCUCAUAGAUAAAAUCAUGUAAACUGGACAGGGUGGGGGGGGGGGGGGGGGGGGGACUGGAGAAAUCCUGAUGGGUCAGAGAGGAAAGCAGAGAGAGCUGAAAUGACAAAGUCAGCGUUUUACACCGUGACUCACACACACAUAGUUCUUUCUCUGUUCUGUUAGAGUUUUACCAAAAGCCACGUAAGCAAUGGAAGCCCUACUGAUUAUAUUAGUCAUUAUAUUCCCCCCUACACGGUUCAAUCAGCAGUUCCGCAUUGAGAUGCCUUAGGCCUACAUAUUUGUAUUUUAGUUACUUACCAAUGCAUUGUUGCUCAUCCCCUCACUUGGUAUAGCCUUCUAUGGCAUUAAAGAGUUGAACUAUUCUAUACUAAAGAUGAGUCAUACACUGAGGUUACAAAAUAUUAGGAACACUUGCUCUUUCAAUGACAUAGACUGACCAGGUGAAUCUAGGUGAAAACUAUGAUCCCUUAUUGAUGUCACCUGUUAUAUCCACUUCAAUCAGUGUAGAUGAAGGGGAGGAGACAGGUUAAAUAAGGAUUUUUAAGACAAUUGAGACAUGGAUUGUGUAUGAGGGCCAUUCAGAGGGUGAAUAGCAAAACAAAAUAUUUAAGUGCCUUUGAAUGAGGUAUGGCAGUAGGUGCCAGGCGCACCGGUUCGAGUGUGUCAAGAACUGCAACGCUGCUGUUUUUUUCACGCUCAACAGUUUCCCGUGUGUAUCAAGAAUGGUCCACCACCCAAAGGACAUCCAGCCAACUUGACACAACUGUGGGAAGCAUUGGAGACAACAUGCGCCAGCAUUCCUGUGGAACGCUUUUGAGUCCAUGCCCGACAAAUUGAGGCUGUUCUGAGGGCAAAAAGGGGUGUAGCGCAAUAUUAGAAAGGUUUUCCUAAUGUUUUGUACACUCAGUGUCGAUACUAGCUACUGUAAUUAAAAUCAACUCCUAGAUCAGCUCUUAGCAACCCUGAUUGUACUAAAUUCACUUUAAAAGAGGGCCCAUUCUGAUUCCCAAGUCAGAUAUCACACCAACCUCCCAUACUAACCCUUUGUUGGUUGUUUGUUCGGAUUGGUACAUGGUUCCAUAGAAAUAUAAUUAUUAGAAAGGGGAUCCCCAUCCAAGUCAAUGUUCUGUGAUGGGUGGACUGGCGGCCAUAUUGAGUGUACCCCAUAGUAGUAAUUCUAUUUUUAUGCGUGGUCCUUAGACGCCGCUACACCUUGCCACCUACCUGAACCUGUCUUCGGUGGUGCGGGGCCUUGUGGAGAACGGGGCCAGCCUGGAGCUGCAGGACCAGGAGGGCAACACGCCGCUCCACGUGGCCUGCGAACAGGGCCGGGCUACAUGCGCCACCGAGAUGACCCAGGAUGUCUCCCACAGCAUGCUGGGCUCUGUGCUGGAGACCCAGAACUGGAGAGGUGAGAGAGCAGGGCUCAUAUUUAUUCGGCACCAAAUGGGGAAAAAACGGACUGAAACAGGGAGGGACUACCUGGACUUGCCGUAUAAGAAACACUCAUUUUCUUUUUCCUUUGCAAAAUGUUUUUCAAUGUAUGCAUUAAUGAAUACAACCCCGGGCCACCUACUGUAGGCAAACAUGAAAUGUUACAGAUAGAAAUGUCAUAAAUAGAGCUGAAACGAUGCCUUAUUCUACAUGUCAGGGUGGCAUGUGUGUUCUAGUUAAUGUAAAGUGCCUUCAGAAAGUAUUCAUACCCCUUGACUUAUUCCACAUUUUGUUGUGUUACAGCCUGAAUUCAAAAUGUAUUAAAUAGAUUUUCUAGCAAUAAUUUUUGCACAUUUAUUGAAAAUGAAAUACAGAAAUAUCAAAUAACUUAAAUAUCCACACCCCUGAGUCAAUACAUGUUAGAAUCACGUUUGGCAGCGAUUACAGCUGUGAGUCUGUCUGGGUAAGGCUCUUAAGAGCUUUGCACACCUGGAUUGUAUAAUAUUUCCCAUUAUUCUUUUCAAAAUGUAUCAUUGCUAGACAACCAUUUUCAAGUCUUGCCAUAGAUUUUCAGGCAGAUUUAAGUAAAAAUGUUAACUCGGCCACUCAGGAACUUUCACUGUCUUCUUGGUAAGCAAUUCCAGUGUAGAUUUGGCCUUGUGUUUUAGGUUAUUGUCCUACUGAAAAGUGAAUUCAUCUCCCAGUGACUAAACCAGGUUUUCCUCUAGGAUUUUUCCUGUGCUUAGCUCCAUUCCGUUUCUAUUUUAUCUUGAAAAACUCCCUUAACGAUUACAAGCAUACCAAUAACAUGAUGCAGCCACCACUAUGCUUGAAAAUAUAGAGUGGUACUCAGUAAUGUGUUGUAUUGGAUUUGCCCCAAACAUAACACUUUGUAUUCAGGACAAAAUAAUUGCUUUGCCACAUUUUUUGCAGUAUUACUUUAGUGCUUUGUUGUAAACAGGAUUCAUGUUUUCUAAUAUAUUUAUUCUGUACAAGCUUCCGUCUUUUCACUCUGUCAUUUAGGUUAGUAUUGUGGAGUAACUACAAUGUUGUUGAUCCAUCCUCAGUUUUCUCCUAUCACAGCCAUUAAACUAUGUAAGUCACCAUUGGCCUCAUGGUGAAAUCCCUGAGCGGUUUCCUUCCUCUCCGGCAACUGUGUUAGGAAGGACGCCUGUAUCUUUGUAGUGACUGGGUGUAUUGAGAUACCAUCCAAAGGGUAAUUAAUAACUUCACCAUGCUCAAAGGGAUAUUCAAUGUCUGCUGUUUUAUUUUUACCCAUCUACCAAUAGGUGCCCUUCUUUGCAAAGCAUUGGAAACCUCCCUGGUCUUUGUGGUUGAAUCUGUGUUUGAAAUUCACUGUAGGACCUAACAGAUAAUUGUAUGUGUGGGUUACAAAGAUGAGGUAGUCAUUCAAAAGUCAUGUUAAACACUAUUAUUGCACACAGAGUGAGUCCAUGCAACUUGUUAUGUGACUUGUUAAGCACAUAUUUACUCCUGAAUUUAUUUAGGCUUGCCAUAACAAAGGGGUUGAAUACUUAUUGACUCAAGACAUUUCAGCUUUUCAUUUUUUAUUCAUUUGUAAACAUUUCAAAAAACAUAAUUCCAUUUUGACAUUAUGGGGUAUUGUGUGUGUAGGCCAGUGACAAAAAAAAUCUCAAUUUAAUCAAUUUUAAAUUCAGGCUGUAACACAACAACAUUUGGAAAAAGUCAAGGGGUGUGAAUACUUUCCGAAGGCACUGUACAUCUACUUGAUUGUUCCAUAACGUUUCCAUAACGUUUGCCUACUGAACAGGGCCCAGGAUGAUCAGCUGUUGCCACCUUGCACACUGUGUCAUUUGGAAGUCGCUCUGGAUAAGAGCGUCUGCUAAAUGACGUAAAUGUAAAUGUGUGCGAGGCUAUAACGAUACCAUGAUGUGAUGUCUCUCUUUAUUUAGUGCCACUUCCUGUUGAUGUGUUGGCGUCUACAGUAUGUCGGCGUCUGUGCGAGGUUGCUCUUGCCUCGCGUGUUGUGUUUUAUUGCUCUGUGCGAAACAAGACUGUGGUCUAAACUAUUUUUUGUUGCUGUUGAGCUGGUAUUCGAUGUUCCCGGCUUAGUAGAUUUUGGAGAUGGAAAUCAUGAUUAUGGUUGUAAUCAAUUUUAUAUUUUGUUGGAUAUGUAGCUUAUGUAUGUUAUUGUGUGUCACCUGGCAUGACGUUACUUAUGCUUGUUUGAUACUAGCUAUAACAUGUGGUCAAAUUAAUCUCUCAUUCAGGAAGGUGAUUUUUGAAAGGUGAUACAAAAAAAAAAGUAUUUGUUUUUAGGUCUCACCUGUCUCCACUUAGCCACUGUGAACAGACAGCAUUGUCUGAUGAAGCUACUGAUGAAGAAAGGGACAGACCUCAACAUCCAGGUUAGUCCAGGGACUCCCCCGGGUGUACUCCCUUACAAUAACCUUGUAUUACUCAAGUACUGCAUUACAUUGUGCUGUAAUACUGAAGUUAGUACUUCAUAACGUUGUGUCUUUGCUAAAUCCUCUUCAUUUGUAAAAGGGCAGAUAUACAUUUACCUCGACUUAGAUGAUGAAACUACACUUUUGAGGACUGUCUUGAAAUAAAUGAAUCGUGUCAUGAUAUGAGCUAAUGUGAUAUAUUAAUGAACACAUGGUAUUUAAAAAACAAACAUAUUUAGAGGUACAGACUGAUAGUGAUACGGCCUGAGCUCAGUGGGUUCUGAUGGAUUUAUGUAAUUAGAGUUGGGUCGUGAUGAGGCUGGCUGGGAACUAGGGGUUUUUCUGGAGAUGCUUGACGUGUCAGAGAAUAGGCCCAGACCAGCAUUCCUUACUAAGAUUGUUUGGUGCUUUGCUCCCCCUGGUGGCCUUACCCUCACCCUAUCCUUUUUUUAAGGGAAAUUGGAUUUACUGAUUCCCUCACCCUUGCCUGUCUUCACUCUGUCCCCCAGGAAGGUACAAGUGGUAAGACAGCUCUCCAUCUGGCUGUGGAGCUCCAUGACAUCUUCUCUGUGACUCUGCUGCUGAACAUGGGAGCCGACAUGGACACGGCGAUGUUUAACGGCUGCACGCCACUUCACCUAGCGGUAGGCCGGCAGGACGCAGCCAUCGCCAACCUGCUCUGC